UAAAAAACUAUGGCCCAAGUUCAAGAUGUCGAGGCUGAGGCCCAAUCUCAAAUUAGUUUUCAAGUUUAUACGACAGAUAAUCUCUCUCAAAUUAUAAAAUCCCCAAAAGCUUCUAUUGACUGUCCCCCAAAACCCUAGCAAAAUCUCCGCCGCUCCGCCGCCGCAAUGGGUCGCGUCCGCACGAAGACAGUGAAGAAGUCCUCCCGGCAGGUGAUUGAGGGACACUACCCGAAGAUGACCCUUGACUUCCACACCAACAAGAAGGUUCUAGAAGAGGUAGCCAUAAUCCCGUCGAAACGCCUCCGCAACAAGAUCGCCGGUUUCUCGACCCAUCUGAUGAAACGGAUCCAGAAAGGACCCGUCCGCGGUAUCUCGCUGAAGCUGCAGGAGGAGGAGCGGGAACGCCGAAUGGACUACGUGCCCGAUGAAUCGGCGAUCAAGGUCGAUAGGAUCGAGGUUGAUCAGGAUACCGUCGAUAUGUUGGAGUCGCUCGGCAUGAAGGAUCUGCCAGGUAUUGAGAUCAGAGUGGAUCAGCAUCAGGGUGCUAUCGCCGUCGCGCCGCAGAUCAACUACGGCCGUUCCGCCGCCAGGAGAUAUUGAGAGAUGUGAGGCCUCUUAUUUUUUUUUUAGUUUAGUUAUAUUAUUUUUUUUAAGCGGAUUUUUGCCGGUUUUGAUGAAAAAUUAAGUUUUUUUUUUGGUGAUUGAGAUUCUGCGUGAAUUUGAGAGUACCUUUUAUGUGAUACCAUAUUUCAAAUUUAUAGCAUAUUUCGUAUAAUUGGUCGUGGUAA